AUGAGAGCAGCAGAGCGCGCGAAACCGAGCGACAUCCGGUGUUGGUUUCCGGUCCGGAGACGAAGAAGAAGAAGGUGGUGCGCCGGACAAAUUGUUCCCUCCUCUUCAAUCCCAAAACAAAACAGCAGUGUCAGGCACAGGUAAGAUUUAGAAGCAGUUUUUAAUCCACAGUAUUUACUUUAUCAAAGGCAUAUUUGACAUUAAAUCGUUUGAACGUUGACAUAGACCCCCAGUAGUUGGAAGCAGCUGUAUUGUUGACUUAGCUGCUAGCUUAGCUUUCUCAUCAGCGUCGCUGUGCAUCAUCUGAUGUUUUGACAUUGGUAUCUGCUGCUUUUAGGAGCAGUAGACUCAAUGAAGAGUUCUUGUUCCGUUCAAUCAUACAUUACCUGCGUGCUGCGUGACUUGAAGUGUCCGUAAAGAUGUUUGGUGGCUAAUGUUUGUUUUUCUCCAUUAAAAACUUGAAGCUUGGCUCAAAGGGGGAGAAUGGAUGCCCUUACUCAUAUGCUUACAGACCCUCUGGAGCCCAAAGAAGAAAACGAUGGCCCAAUCACAGAGGAAUGCAUGCUGGGAGACUGCAGAGUCAACCUUCCAGAGGACCUGCUAGAGGACGUGAGUGUCCUGACACACAUUUCUGCUCUUUCUGUUCUCGUUUUCACGCAUUGCAGAAGCUUCAGACAUUUAUGGGCUUUGCAUUUGUUUUCAACAGCCGGAAAUCUUCUUCUCCGUGAUGAGUGAAAGUACCUGGACUGAUGUACUGUCAGAAUCCCAGAGGCAGCACCUUCGCCAGUUUUUGCCACAGUUUCCUGACAACAACAUCGUGGAGCAGGACGAUUCCAUCAGCGACCUGUUCAACAACAUCAACUUUAACUUUGGAAAUCCUCUUCAUCUUGCACAAAAACUAUUCAGAGGUGUUUCCUGGUUAAUAAAUAAACAAAUAAAUACAACCAUAUAUAAUGUUGAAGGAAUUCAUGACAUGCUUUUUCAUGUGUUUUCUCAUUUUCUCAUCCUAGAUGGAUAUUUCAAUCCAGAGGUUGUCAAGUACAGACAACUAUGUGCAAAGUCACAGAAAAAGCGACAGUUAUACUGCCUUCAGCAGUAUUACCACAGACUUUUGAAGCAGAUACUCAUCUCGAGAAAGGUACUUUUGCAAAUUUGAAGUGUGAGGCAAAUGGCCUUUUACAGUCAGUCAUAAUGUGUUUUUUUUGUUGUUGUUGUUGUAGGAGCUGCUGAAGUUUGCAGUUCAGAAUGGUAUGGACUUUCCACCAAAAAGGAAAUUAUCAACCAAGUCUCACGCUGAAAUGCGUGAGCCAAGGGUGAGAAGAAGAAUCAGCCGCAUAUUGAAGGAGGUCAAAGCUGAGUGUGGAGACAGCAAUGCUUCAUCUGAUGAUGAUGGUCAGUCAUUUCAAACAAUAAAACUGUUUAUACAUUUGUACUCAGAUUAUCAUGGUAAUAAAGAAGGUUCUAAAAAAAAAGUCAAAUUGGUAUUCAUUCAGACGUUAAAACAGUAGACAUUUAGGAGUGUAAAAUCUAUGUGCAAGCAGGCAAAUGAGUGAAACUGACCAGCACUCUGAAUGUCCCCUGCAUACACUUUCAGAUAUAUCAUUGUGGAAUCCAGCACCACAGUCACCUUCCUCCCCCACACCCACUGUCUCACUCAGAGUUCUUCCCAGCCUCUCCACACAAGACAUGAAGACUACUGGUGGGUAAUUUCUACAGAAUUCAGAUUAUGGUUCACAAACAUUUGAGGAUAAACGGUUGAAAGUGUUCUAUCAAUUUACAGAAAAAACUGAACUUGGGGAGCGAGACCUGAAAGCCAUGUUGCAAAACCAUCGAGAGAAGAGGAAGCGGCAGCCAGUGAGUGAUACCAGAAGGGAAAGACAUGUGAUUCUGUUUGAAGUUUAUGGUCUGACAUUAUUGAUUUUAUUUCACAGGAUCAUCCAGAUUUAUUGACUUCUGAUAUUCACCUUGGAGACAUACUAUCAAGAGCAAAUAUUGGUCGGAAGGGAGCUGUGUGUAAGUAAAUACGUUUUUCAAACAGUGAGGGCCUGAUUUACUUAAGGUACCACACAAUGAAAGCUAAAUGCUGUGUAUAUUCCAGCAAGUUCAACAUUUAGUUGGUGUGUGUUUUGCACAUUAUCAACUAAGAAGAACUAUAAUGUCAACAGGUGCAAAGACACUGGAGAUAGUGGUAUUUAAAUCAGGGUUCUGUGUAUGUAACAUGUGUACACUGUGUAGGGUUUGGAUUGAAAGCAGACUGGCAACACGUGCAGAGUGAAAUUUAGCACCAUUGGAGGUAUAAGUGAGAAAGAGAAAUAAAAAUGCACUGUAUCUGGCCCGAAAAUGGCUCUAAAUGGAAUCGGUGGUGAGGUCUCUCUAUCAAAGCAGUCCCACCGUGGAGUGGCUGGUGACUGCAGAGAGAGAGAGGAGUGCACUGCUUGGGGUUUUACCAUUGGGGAAAAGAGGAAAGCAAGAAGACGUAGAUUUGAGUUUGAAUUUUCUUCAGGUUACACUGACUUUGAAUAUUCAGUUUUGUGUGGCUGCAAAAAUAGGCCACAGCUAAUGUAUAUUUAAUCAGGGCAUUUUUCUAAGUUAAACAUUAUUAAACAGGUAUUAACAAAAAAAAAAUAGCCAAUGAGAAGUGACUUUGAAACAGACUGAUGUGUGUCUGUAGACGUCUUCCUAAGAGAGCCAUCUAUGAGCCAUCUGAAGAUCAACUUCUAGGUUUGUUUGUGAAUAACUUAAACAUGUAAACACACAUACCUUAAGUAAAUCAGGCCCUAAGUGUGACACUGAUAGAUUUCCUGAUGAACUGCUAAUUUUGUUUCUUUCCUGUUUUCCUGCAGCUCUCUUUGAUUUGUGUCUGCCCAAAAAGAAGAUGAAAGAUGAGAGAAGGAAGAAAAAGAUGAGGACGAUAAAAGUGGAAUCUGAGGAUCCCUGUGAGACUCUAACAUCUUCAGAAACCCAAUUAGCUCCACCCACAAAUAUCAUCAACUCCCUGCCGGAUACUCCAUCAACUCCGCUGACCAACAUCAAGGAGGAGUGAGUCAACUGUGCUGCUGUUGUUAAGAAUAUUCACAGGAUCUUUAUGUCCUAUUGUUGUACGUAUUGACUCUUACGUUGUCUCAGACUAAUUUGGCAUCAUUACUGCAGGAUUGUGGAGGAAUCCCAGAGCAGCCCACCUAUAGUUGAGGAAAUAGCUGUCAGUUUCUUCAGCUUGUUGGAGAGCAUCUUAAGAGCAGAAAAUCUGGCCAGUACUUUAAUGGUAUGCCGUCAUUACAGAGUCUUUCAUAUGUCUCUUAAAGUAGAUAACAAUUCUCUGAUAAAACACUGACAAGUUUUUAUUUUGAUCUCACAGCUGGAGGACAAAGUUCAAAUGUGGCAGUCGUCUCCAGCCAGCUCUCUCAACGUCUGGUUUUCAUCCGUUCCCUGUUGGUCUGACCUGGUUCUUCAGGCCCUGCAGUUUCUUGCUGGAGAAACAAAAGGUAAUAAGAAGAGAUCACUCAAACUAAAACUGUUCACUUUAAUAUUUCCAAACAUGUUAAUCAUUGUAUAUGUGUUUAACAGAUGGCAUGAUGGCCCUCCCCAGUGGCUUCUCUCCUUUUGUGGAAUUUUCCGAAGAAUCUCAACAGUGGAGAUGGAUUGGUAAGAAAAAUUAACGACUUUAAUUCCAGAUUGAUGCUUUGGUGCUUUGUUGUAUCUCUGAUGACUAAAUAAAAGCCAUUUACUGAUUCAAGGUCCCACUCAGGAUACAGAGAAGGAUCUCAGUGCACUCUGUCAGCUGUGGCUGGACUCUAAAGAUUUAGUUGUCAAGGUACUACUUUUCUUUAACAGUAGGAUUAUUAAAUAACAUUAUAACCUUUAAUAUUUGCCAUACAACUGUGUGUAUGCUACCUUUAAUUGUUUUAUUCAAGCUGUCUUUUUUUGUCUCCCACAGACAGAAAAUGAAGACAUGUUAGAGAUUACUUCUCCAACACCAAGAGUGUAUGUUUCAUGGUUUCUUAAGUCUUAUAAACAUGACCAAAAUUGUUUGAAAAGUAACUUUUUUUCUUAGUCUAUUUAUUAAAGGAUUAUUCAUGUGACUGUUUUUGCUGGCUGAUAAGCACUGAUAUAUUUUGUGUACCUUAGAAAGCAAACAAAUCAUUACUUGAUGAGUGACAAUUAGAUUGAUUGUGAAGCAAACUAAGUUGAUUAAAGCCUUUUAACAUACUGAAGCAGUUUGAGUUAACUGUGUAAUAUCUUACUUUAUGUAGUUCAACUGAUUAUGUGGUGCGGCCCAGCACUGGAGAUGAGAGACAAGUUUUUCAAAUCCAGGUUUGUUUUUUGUCUACAGAGUAUUUUUUCCAACAUCAUGCCUCUUUUGUGAUCGUGAACUCUGUAAACAAGCACACUCUUUUUUUCUGCAUUAGGAGCAGCAGAGAUAUAACCAGCCACAUAAAGCCUUCACCUUCAGGAUGCACGGCUUUGAGUCUGUGGUGGGGCCUGUUAAAGGAGUCUUUGACAAGGAGAUGUCCCUCAACAAAGCCAGGGAGCACACGCUGCUCCGUUCAGACCGUCCACCAUAUGUCACCAUUCUCUCUCUGGGUUAGACCUUGGUGUUUUUGCUCUUCACUACCUUUGCAGAUUUAAUGAAAUGCACGGAUGACCAAUAAUACUGUUCUGCAAUUUUCUCUCCUGCAGUGCGCGAUGCUGCUGCCAGGUUACCCAAUGGAGAAGGAACAAGAGCAGAGAUCUGUGAGCUGUUGAAAGACUCACAGUUUCUUGCUCCAGAUGUCACUAGUGCACAGGUGUGAUCGUUAUCCAUGUUAUCCUGUUUUUAUUUUUAUUUUUAAAUUGUUGUCUCAUGCUGACAUUUUCUUGGCCAUUUAGGUGAACACAGUUGUCAGUGGUGCUCUGGAUCGACUCCACUAUGAGAAAGAUCCCUGUGUGAAGUAUGACAUCGGCCGCAAACUGUGGAUUUACCUGCACCGCAGUCGCAGUCAAGAAGAGUUCGGUGAGAAACAAAGAGCUUUUUGUUAAAGAUCUUAGAAAGGUUGUGGACACCCUUGUAGAUUUUAAUGAAUUUUUACAUUUUUUGAUUGCAAUGUUUCAGAAUAGAGAAUAUAAAAAAUUGGGUAACAUUUUACUUGACGUCUAUCUCUAUAAUGCAUUAUAUAUACAUGUAUAAAGCAUUAUAAUCAUGCUAUAGCACUGUAUGAGUAUACUUAUAAACACUCAUUAAUGAUCAUAAUGCUUUAUAGCAAUAAUCAUAACACAUUUUAAAACAUUUUAUCAUGACUUACAAGGUCAGGUACUAUAAUGUGUUACAACUGUUAACAACUCACUGACAAUGCCCACAUAUAUAAUGCAUUAAACAUAUAUUUAUGAUGUGUUAUAAUUUGCUUAUAAACUUUUAUAACCAUCAUUAUAAACACUCAUUAGUUAUAAGGCUUUAUAACAAUAAGCAUAACAAAUAUAAUAAACAAAUAUUUAAUUAACACAUUAUAUUAUAGAGAUAGGCAUCAAGUAAAGUUUUACCAAAGUUUCUUUAAGACCCCCUGUAGAUCUGUAGUCAUUCACUUAAGGAGUAUAAUUAGAAAGUCUAAAGCCUUUUAUUAACUGUAAUUUGGUCUUUGUUGAUGAUUAUACCCAAAUGUGAAUAUUUUUGAUUGUCAAGAUAACUUUGAUUUGGAUUCUCAUAUAUUUUCCAUUUGCUCCCAUCCAGAGAGGAUCCACCAGGCUCAAGCUGCUGCUGCAAAAGCAAGAAAAGCUCUACAGCAGAAACCGAAACCCGCAUCUAAGCCUGUGAGUGCCACAGUUCUAAUACAAAAAGAUUUCUAUGUAGUUCUAUGAAGUUAUUUUCUCUGUAAACCGUGUGAGUCAUUGUGGCUGCACUUGAAAUUUUGAGAAGUUCAUCUGUAUCUCUCAUUUUUGAUGUUUUAGAAGUCUGGAAGUAAAGAUGGAGGCAGUAAAAUCCCCGGAUGUCUUGAGGGAGCUCAGGAUGUAGUCUCCAAUCCGAUGUCACCAACCCCAACAACACCCACCCAGAACACACCUGGAACCCCUAAGUCCCCCUUACCCUGUGCAGCAACAACACCAACAAAGACUGGAGUCCCAGAUGCAAUCAAAACCAGCUCAGGGUCAGUGUGACCGAUGAUUUCUUUUUGUUCUUAUUAUUUCACAAACAUGUCCCCGUGUCUCCGCUCAGAAGUUUAACAAACUUCUUUUCUGCCUGUUGCUCCUCCCAGGGUUCUUCUUGUGUCACCUCCCUCACUACCGCAGCUCGGUGCCAUCUUACCAAGCAGUCAAGCUGCUCCUCCAGCCUCCCAAUCUGUCACAUCCCAACACACAGCUCGGUUAGUGAGUCACCUCGCGGCGGGCUCCCUCCCUCAGGUGCGGGUUGUUUCGGCUCAGCCCGGUCUGGUUUCAUCAGCCGGGAAUCAGCAGGCCACACUGGUGCACCAGACCCCUCAUCAGAUCAGGAUGCCCGUGUCAGUAGCAGCGAAGGGCAUUUCACAGGUAAUGAUAAGAUAAUUUGAAGUUGGUUUAGCCGUGUGUUAUGGAGCACACACAUGUUUAAUUCAACCUUUGUUUAUCAGCAGGCAGUGGUGUCUGUUCCUCUGAGGAGUCAGUCUGCGAGUAGUCCAGUUCAGGUGCCGACCUCCUUGUCUGUGUCUGCUGUCGCUGUGGCCAAACCUCAGACUGGUUCGCCUGGAAGCCCAGCUAACAACCCGACUUCCCCUGCUGUGCUGCAAGGAGUGGCCAGCCCGAAUAUCAAACAGGUGAAUCCGUCUGUUUUACUGGGAUAUUUGUUUAGUUUAUUUUUUCAUUCUUUUCUGCACAUGAUGGAUCUGACUGUAACAUUUCUUUGACCUUGUGUAUCAUCAUGUUAUUUGCCGUGUGAAUAAUUUUCCGUUGAUAUGUUUUAAUAUGUUUUUAAAGGUGUCCAUCACAGGCCAGUUGGGAAUGAAGACAACUGGAGGAGCAGGAAUUCCAAUCACAGCGACAAACCUGCGCAUCCAGGGUAAAGACGUCCUACGUCUCCCACCCUCCUCCAUCACCACAGACGCAAAAGGCCAAACAGUGCUCCGGAUCACCCCUGAUAUGAUGGCAACUCUCGCCAAGUCCCCAGUUGCAACCGUCAAACUCACCCCUGACUUCCUUGGAAGCGCUGCCUCGGGUAGCAAGAGCAUAUCAGCCACUCUUCACGUGACGCCGACCCAUCCUUCGCCGACCUCCACCACCAGUGCCGCAUCCUGUACAGGUGAAAUACAGACCUCCAAAGCAGGCCCUGUGACCUCCACACUGUUAAAGGCAGCAGGAGACACAGCCAUACGCCUGAUGCCCACGUUGGCAGUCUCUGUAGCCGACCAGAAGACAAGGACAUUCUCCUCGGUGAGCUCUCCUGACAAGAGCGGCGCCACCAUUCGGAUAAUGCCCGGACUUGGUGUUAUUCCACAGAAACAGGGUCAGACUAUAACCAUGACAACCACAACUGGCGGUAAACCACUCACUGCAUCUACCUGCGCAAAUGUAGUGACCAUGGCUGCCAGCGUCGUGGCUGGUGCUAAGGGGAUCACGGUAGCCCCAGGAGCUUCUGGCUCACCUCUGACUCUGGGAACAGCCACAGCCACAGUCCGGCAGGUUCCAGCGACAGUAGUCACCACACAAACGGUAAGAGAACUCUUCAGUUUUCUGCUCUUCUCAGGUGAACUGUAAGGUUUUCUGUGUAGUUUUCACCACCAUCUCUGUUUGCACUUUACCAGAAAACUGUUUUACUUAUUUUUUAUUUUUUAAGCCCUGCUUUUCAGAAUUUGUAGCGAAGAACUUUUGAGUCAUUUGAGUUUCAGGACGCUCAUGUAAGUAGCAGCAUGGCCUCUAGAGGGUGCUGUCGAGCUGCUGUUUCACAGUUUGGUUUCCUUCAUGUGUCUUAAGGGAAUAUAAUGUUUCAAGCUGUAAUCUAAUGCCCAGCUGACAAACGCUAGCGUUUAGCGGCGAUAUUGAGUUACCUUUCUCUUACAUUAUAGAUAAUUUCACAGACAGUGAACAAAGAGAGCUUCACCUUUUGUGACGACAAUAGAGCAGAGCGUCAUGUUUGUGAUUUUAAUUAGGAAAGGCUGCUGGAGUUUUUGUCAUUUUGACCAAAUGUUUAUCCAGGUCAGUAACCAGUUUAUUAAAUAUCAGGAGUUAAAAGGGAAAAACUAUCAGUUAUCGUAAGAGUAAAGCUGGUUACCAGUAGUUUUAGUUGUGUGCCAGCUGGGUGUGAACUUGAAGUCUCGACUCAAACAAACUCGAGUCUCGGUGUCUGGAUGUAGGUUAGGAGGUUGGCACACAUACUUGAAACUAUUUCCUUCUUCCUCUUGAAUGCCUGUUUGAACUCUUGAUUGAUAUAUAGAUUAUUUUGUGUAGUUUUCUCUGGGUAAAAUCUGAAUUAUUUGAUGAGAAACGUCUUGAUUUAUUCAUCAGCUGCCCCAAAUCGUUCAAGUCCCUUUUCACUCAUUGAAUUACAUUGACUCUGGUUUGUAUUCCUAAAAUCAAGUGCAGGACUUUAGUGUCUAUUCAUCACUGUUUAUCCUUCUGCACCAUUUGUUUAUAAUGUGAGCCAAGCCCUUUGAUAGUCACGCGACUGUUGUGUUUGCUGUUUGAUAACACUACAGGGGAAGUUACCUGCACGGAUAACUGUGCCUCUCUCUGUUCUGAACCAACCGCUGAAGAGUAAGAGUGUCGUGACCACACCUAUUGUCAAAGGAAGUCUGAACACAAAGUGAGUCUGCUCAUCCAAACUGUGUGUUUAAUUUUUAAUUCUGGUUUGGAACUUUUUUUUUUUAAUAUAAUUUGUUAGAAGGGAUCACAGAUGAUCACAGAUCUCAAGUGUAUUAUGUGGAGUGUGCUAAGAUUGUUUCUUUUAUUUUAGACUCUAAUAGGCUUCUUAUUAAGAUACAAAUAGUUAAUUGGUGUGUUGUUUAAUUUGUCUACAUUGUAGUUGUAGUCUCACCUCUUAUUUCUGUUAAUCUGUAAAUCAUUUAUUCCCUUUCAGCUGCUUGAUUGUUUCCCUUGUUUUCCUCUUUUCUGCGCAGUAUCAGUAGUCUGGGCAGGAACAUCAUCCUGACCACCAUGCCUGCUGGCACCAAGCUGAUCGCAGGAAACAAACCGGUCAGUUUUGUCACAGCACAGCAGUUCCAGCAGCUUCAGCAGCAGGGGCAAGCCACACAGGUGAGCUUAUAUUUCACUGUUCACUUCUGUUGUAAUGCAUUUGUCAGAAAGAAAGAGUGUCAGUGCACUACAAUUGCUAAUAUGUUGAUUUUAUAUGAUUGAUUGUUAUUCAUUUAUCGAGCUGAAAUAAAUCACUCAUGGUCUAAAAAGCUUCAGUUGAGUUCAGACUUAAGUCUCAUCUUCUUCAUACAGUCUGUUUUAAAAUGACUGCUUGAUUGUAGACCUGAACAAACACAGCUAAUUCGAAGGCUGGGUUGGUCUUUCUUCUUUCAGGUUCGCAUUCAGACAGUUCCAGCGCAGCAGCUCCAGCAGCACAUAGCAACAGGCUCCCCGAAGUCUGUUUCCACAGUUGUAGUGACAACAGCACCUUCGCCCAAAUGCGCCCCUGAUCCCCCGCCUGCUCCUCAGCAGUGAUCCUUUCAAAUCAUAGGUUUGGUGCACAAAAUAAGUGUCUGCGUUCAGCGGUUGGAGUCCCUCUUUGCAGUAACUGUCGUGAAGUUAUUGACAAAAAGGUGUGUCUUAUGUCUUUAUUUAUGUUCAAAUUAAACCUGUCACUGUUGGACAGUUUUCAAUCUUAACAAAAUUAAACCUCCUUGUUUCGUUCUACCUGUGUCGUGAUCUGAAAUUAAUACAACGGCUCACCGGGUUUUUACAGGUACAAACACACUCAAAUGAAUAUCAGAAAUCCCAGAUUACUUUUUCAUUCAUGGUUUGUCGUGUUUAAAAGCUCAAAUUUCCUAAUGGCUGUCUCUAAGGUGUUUUGUUUGCCAUUGGUAUAUCUGUUUGUUUUAAACCAUUCAAAGUAAUGAGAGCCUUAUUUGGAUUGUGACUCAUUGAUUUUUGUUUGCUGUCUAAGAAGCCUUUGUAUUCAAAGGCAAGUUAGCAGGCAGACAUUCAAGUCAUCCAUUUCAGUUUAUACUAUUAUACCAUAUCGUGUUCUUGAAAUACUUUAACAACCAUAAUAAGUGAACAUGCUGAACAGAAAUGUGUUUUUGUUUCUCUUUACAAAAAAAAAAAAAUCUAAAGCAUACAGACAUUGUGCAAAACAACUGACUUAGUCUUAAACGCAGCAACAACAUAAAAUAUAAAAUUAGAUUUAAGUUAAUUUCCAACAGCUGUAAACAUGGAUUCACUCUUCAUCCGACUCUUCAAGCAAAGCUUUCUGGGAAUUUGACUUGGAGGAGGUGUUUCGCAUUCCAAUCUCAAUAUCUCGUCCUCUUGCUGAGAAUCGCUUCACCGUGCUGUUACAACAGAAAGAGAAACCAGCUUUCAGGAAUCAUGACCAACAUGAAGGUAAAGAAAAGAUCAUAUUUCUGCUGGCACUGUCUCUGGAGUAUUUAAGAGUUGGAAAUUACAAAGACUGAGACCUCAAAUUUGAUUAACACUAAUGUUCCAGAGCAGUUUGUAAUUAUAAGUAUCUCAUUCCUAGGUUUGGUUCACUUGACAUGCAAAUUGUUGUACAUUUUAAAAUAAAGUCCCUAUGAUUUUCAUGUAUUUUCAAGCCCCAUCCACGAACAAGCAAAGAGAAUUAGCACAGACUUUAACUGCUUUGGUGUACAGCAUUGGUCUGCAUGCUCUAUAAUUGUUCCUGUACAAAAACACUGAAUGAAGAAAUAGAUUAUUAUGAAUUACAAUCUUAGUUACCAUAAAGAGUGCUAAUAUAGAACAUAAUUCGCGAGGACCCGUUAUUUUCUUCUGAUCUAUGCAACAGAUCCUGAGCUACCCCAACACCAAUGUAAGACGGACACACAGAUUUUUGCCGCAUACCAGCAGUGGUUGAACCUGUCCUUAAAGCUUGAAAACUUCCUUGAGCGGUCCAAGUUCCCGUAAAAACAUUCAAGCAAAGGAUGAAAUACUUACAACCAAACUAGAGAGAAGGUGCAGGUCACUAAAAGCAGAGCCACAGCUAUAUGCCAGCAGAAGCACAUGGUCACAAACAUGACAUUGCUGUGUUCCUCCAGGUCCCACUGUUUUCCACUUGGAGGGUAAAGUACAAAUCCAAUCUGAAAUGAUGGACACCAAGAUAGAUUAGCCCCCCAGCUUGUGAUCUCAAGCAAAAUAUUCUGUUAAAUAGACACAGACCUAAAAGAAGACGGUCAUAAUGAACUACCCCCUAGUUUCUAUGAUUGGGUGACGAUUGAGCUGAUUUCUUAAGUCAUUUUUGUAAAUCACCUGGUAGAACCAUGACCCCUGCAGAAUGAACAGGCCUCCUCUGA